AUGUCUCAAAUUCGAUGUAUUACAAGUUUAAUGGAAAUGGAGGCAAAUCAAACAGUCAGCAAUAUCCAAACAAUUAUGCCACAAGUAAAGCAAAGUUCUGAUCGUCAUGCGGUAUUAUGUCUUCAAGAAAUGAAUGGAAAAACUCGUCAUUGUGCCUAUUUACUUGUUAUUCAAUGUGGAAAAUUGUGGAUUAAAAUAAGUGAAAAUAAUUUCAUUGAAUCAUUAACUGAAUUUUUUCAUAUUACUAUGAGUGGUUUAACAAGUAAUUCAACAUCAAUGAUAUCAUCAACAUUAUUAGCAUUAGGUCGUCUUUGUUUGGAAUUUAAAGAAAAUUUGGCUGGUACAAUAGUUGAUGAGUUGAUGUCUACAUUAAUUCUUGUUUUACAAUCGCGACAACGUGAAAUUGUUCAAGCUGCAUUAAGUUUUUGCCGUGUUACAUUGAUUAUAUUUAGCGAAGUGAUUCUAUCUCAAUAUAUAAAAGAAUUAGUAUGUUAA